GAUCCAGCCCGGCCGCACUCGACCACACUCGACCACACUCGACCGCAUCCCGCAGACGCCCGCCUGAACCGAGACCAGCAGCCAUGGCCGAGCCCUACGACGACGACGAAGUUCAUGACGAGGUGGAGCUCCCCACCGUCUACAAUGACGACUUUGUGCCUCUUGUCGAGAACGCCGAGGUCGCCCCUGUUGCCGAUAUCCCCGACACCAUCCGCAACUUCAUUCUCUACUUUCACCGAAACUUGAACGAGCGCUCCGUCUACGACCUGCAUUCGAUCUACGAGAACUCGUUCAACAAGCUCACCGAGAAGUUCUACAGCAAGGCGUCGUGGCCCGAUGCGUCUUCGAUCGCCCCGAUCGUCAACGAUGAUCCCGUCUUCCUGAUCCUGUACAAGGAGCUGUACUAUCGCCACAUCUAUGCCAAGCUCCAGCCCAGCAUCGAUGACCGCUUCGAGUCGUACACCAACUACUGCGAUCUGUUCAACUACAUCCUCAACCAAUCGACCGAGCCCAUCGAUCUGGAGCUGCCCAACCAGUGGCUCUGGGACAUCAUCGACGAGUUUAUCUAUCAGUUCCAGUCCUUUGCCCAGUACCGCAGCAAAGUCAAGAGCAAGAACGACCAUGAGCUGCUUCUGCUGAAAGAGCGCCCUGAUGUCUGGAAUGUCCACAACGUCCUCAACGUGCUGUACUCGCUUGUCCAAAAGUCCCGCAUCAACGAGCAGCUCUGGGUCAGCAAGCACGGUGGCGACAUGCUCGAGGCCGCUGGCGAGUUCGGCUCCCGUCCCCUCUACCGCACCCUUGGAUACUUUUCGAUCGUUGGUCUGGUUCGCGUCCACUGCCUCCUUGGUGACUACACCCUUGCCCUGAAGACCAUGGAAAACGUCGAGCCCAACAAGAAGGGUCUGUUCGCUCGCGUUACCGCCUGCCACGUCACCACCUACUACUAUGUUGGCUUUGCGUACAUGAUGAUGAAGCGAUACGCCGAUGCCAUCAAGUCGUUCUCGCACAUCCUGCUCUUUGUUUCGCGGACGAAGCACUACCACACCCGCUCAUACCAGUACGAAGUGAUCGCCAAGAAGAGUGAGCAGAUGUACGCGCUGCUGGCCAUGUGCCUCGCCCUGUGCCCCCAGAAAGUGGAUGAAAACGUCCAGAGCACCCUGAGGGAGAAGUACGGCGAGCACAUGCUCAAGAUGCAACGAGGCGAUGACGCUCUGUCCGUCUUUGAUGAGCUCUUCAACUUUGCCUGCCCCAAGUUCAUCUCGCCCGUGGCUCCCAACUACGAUGUUGCCGUCAACAUCUCGAACGAGCCUACUCGCCACCAGCUCAAGAUUUUCCUGGCCCAGGUCAACCAGCAGCUCUUGGCCCCCACCAUCCGCUCGUACCUGAAGCUCUACACCACCAUUGACGCCGAGAAGCUGGCAACCUUCCUGGAGGACGUCACUGCUGAGCAAGUUGGCACCCAUCUGAUGGUCUACAAGCACCAGACCCGCCAGCGUCGAUGGGAAAGCGGUAGUCUCGCCGAGGGCCAGUUCGUGACCACCUCCGACCUGGACUUUUACGUCAACCAGGAUAUGGUCCAUAUUGCUGACACCAAGGUCGGCCGACGUGUUGCCGAGUGGUUUGUUCGCCACAUCAACAAGUUUGAGGACAUUGUCGGCAACAUGGAAAAGAGAAAGUAAAUCUCGCUUCCCCACCGACCCUCCCUGGGGACACACAUGCGCGAUGACUCAGAAGCUGCUUCCGGACGGGCGUGGCGAUUGCUGGACGUUCCAGGACCGAGGCGGCAACCCUGCUGCAUUGUCAAUGGACGGGCUGUUUGUGCUCCCCCUCCCCGCGCACUGCAUGAGGGAGGGACUGAGCGUCUCCGUGGCCGAGCGCGCUGCCGAUCAAGUUGCACGAGGCAAUAAAGUCUGUGUACAAAGCUCAA